AUGUCCCUUCUCAGCCUACCCCGUCCAGGCACAGCAGCCACUACCCCACCAGCCCCCGUGGCGGCACCUUCAGAGGCGCAUUUCACUCAGACAUUCGGCCGGCUCCUCCCGCCCGCCAGCUUCCUCACCACGCCGCAGGGGACGGCAGCGUUCUACAACCUGCCACCUUGGACGACCGUCCCGGAAUCGGCACCGGCACCAGACCGCGUGCUGUUCAUCCACGGCGUGCAGACCCCGGCCCUGGGCAUGCUCCCGCUCGCGCGCGCGCUGCAGACCUCAUUCCCCACCCGGCACUUUGCCCUGGUGGACCUCUGGGGCCACGGGCUGAGCGAGACGCCGGUGCAGCCGCACGAGCCGGGGCUGUUCCACGGGCUCGUCGACGCCGUGCUCGACCGCCUCGGCUGGCCGUCGGCCCACGUGGUCGGCUACUCGUUCGGCGGCGCCCUGGCCGUCGGGUACGUCAACUCGCGGCCCGCGCGCGUGCGGAGCCUGACGCUCGUCGCGCCCGCCGGCCUGAUCCCGUCCGCCCGCGUCGGCGGCGGUCCGGAACUGGCGGCCCUGCGCGGCGACGACCCCGCCGCCGCCUGGGCCUGGACGCUGGACUUUCUCGAGGGCGGCGAGCUGGUCGUGCCGCCGGACUGGAGGGAGCGGGUCGCGCGGGGCGAGGUCGUCGCGCCCGCCGUCAGGGAGUGGCAGGUGCGCGAGCAUGCCGGUCACAAGGCCGCCGUCGUGGCCAUCGUGCGGGACGGCGGCGUCAUGGAUCACGACGAGGCGUUUGUGCGCGCCGCCGAGAGCGGCGUGCCUGCCAUCGGCAUCGUCGGGGCGUUGGAUGCGGUGUGUAGCGGGGACCAGCUGCGGGCGGUGGGUUUUACCGACGUCGUCGUCGUCCCCGAGGCCGGUCACGGCCUUGUGCGUGAUAACGUGCCCGAGGUUGCAGCGGCGGUUGAGGCGUUUUGGAACAGGCUUUUCUCGAAAUAA